AUGUGGCGCUUUUACAAGGCCAAGGAUAUUCUUGGCCGCAUGGACGAGCGUUGCAUCGGCUUAUCGGAGCGCAUCGAGGUACAUCGCUGGGCGGCUCGAUGCAACAUUGUAUAUCUCUUCUACCUGGUAAUCUAUUCCACCUACGCCAUCUUGACUUUUCUCACGGCAACCUUGUCUGGAACGGUGCCAUGGAACAUCUACAAUCCAUUCUUUGAUUGGCACGGGAGCACGAGGAACCUUUGGAUAGCUUCAUUCUUCGAGUUUAGUGCCGCAGAAUGCUUAGCUUUCCAAACCGGUAUGCUAGAUGUGUUUCCAAUACUGUUUGGUCUGAUGCUACGUGCUCCCAUAAAGCUCCUCAUUCAGAGGGUCGACAAACUGUGUUCGGAUCCCGUUAAGAGGGAUGAUGAAAACAUUGAGGAUCUGGUGAACUGCAUCAAGGAUCACAAACUUAUUUUGGAAUACGUUUCUGUCAUAAGUCCUAUCAUCGAGCAUAUCAUCUUUGUGCAGUUCCUGCUGGUCGGGCUGGUCCUGAGUAUAUCCCUUAUCAAUCUUUAUAUCUUUGCCGAUUCCUGGUCAAAAUUGGCUAUAGGGGCGUAUAUACUCGUUCAGAUUUCCCAGACAUUUCCCUUCUGCUGCACAUGUGACCUCAUCAGAGAGGACUGCGAGACCUUGGCCGUGGCCAUAUUUCACUCCAGCUGGAAGAACUCGGAUCGCAGAUAUAAAACCUCGCUGGUGUACUUCCUGCAUAAUGCCCAGAGAACCAUCUCUUUCACCGCCGGAUCUAUAUUCUCCAUAGGCUUAAGCACAAAUUUAAGGGUUGCCAAACUGGCUUUUUCUGUGGUAACAUUUGUAAAGCAAAUGGGAUUAGGAUAA